AUGGAUUACUUUCACAUUUGUCUGGAGAGCGUGCGCAAGCUGUCGAUAGGAAAAACGAAGCACCUGAUGCUGAAAGCUCUGGCGGACACGAUGGGCGGCUACUUACAGGUUUACAUCCUGCCCCUCACCAGACACUCCUAUUACGCGGGAAACAUAAAGUAUCGGAACGCGAGGAAGCUGUUCGAACUAUACGAGCAACUAAAGCUUUUUCUGCGAAGCAACGGAGCAGGCUGGCUCAGCCGAUCCAAGGAGAUCAGACACGCGAAAAUUUCGACGAUCGUGAUCACGCCGCCGAGAUCGUCGGUGGCGUGCGACGGCAUUAUUACCUAUCCUGCGUCUUCUGACUACGGAAAACGUGAGAUAGAACAUUUCACGUUCAAAAAGAAAAAGAGACUUACCGGAAAGCACAAAACGAAAAGUACGAAUCCUGGUAAGUAACGAAUACAUAUAUACGAAUCUGCAAGGAACGAAGAACCAAUUAUCAUCCCUCUUCCUUUCCUGGACGACGACGUGGAACCAAAUAGCCUCGCUUUACCGUUCAAGAGGGAUAACUUGCAGCCUUUAUGCAGCGAACGCUCAGCUUUCGCGUUGGUUAAAUAUUACAUAGCCAGUGUAAAGUGCAUCACCUCGAAGUCAAAGGCCAAAACGGAACUGGAUGCCUUCAACCAGCAGUUUUACGAUUGGUUGGAGCAAUCCGUGCAACGACACCUCGACGACGAGAAAUGGUACCCGGCGUUCGGUGGCGUGCUGAGGGUGAUCACCUCGCUGGAGGAAGCCGGCGCUGGAACCGGUCUCACGAAGGGAAGAAAAAGCGGCACCUAUCAGAUGAUGCCCAAAACAGGUACGCGACCGAAUGGCGGGUCCGGAGAAGAAGGCGUGCCUGUUCUGUACAAAGACGAAGACACGGGGAUUACGCUGGGAACGACAGAAUUAAUAUCGAUUGCCGUGGUGAGCGCGUUACUAGUAUGGUUGCUGGUGGGCCUGAGCUUGGUUUGCUAUAGAUUCCUCACGAAACACUCGGACGAGUGUGCCCCGUGUGAACCACAGGAUCCUCCGGUUGCUGUUCUGUACGAGAAUAAAGAGUAUUGUCAGACUGAUAUGUGUCCGCAGCGAGAAACUCGGAAGGGGUUACUGGAGAGGUUUAAGGAUUAUUGGAGGAACAGGUUUGGUAAAUGUCGUGGAAAUUGUGAAGAUCGUAUUGACGAGGAACGUUGUUUAGCCGCUAUCAGUUACACUAGCAAAGACACGGUUGACGUUAGCAGUAGUAGCAAAAGUUAUCAAAAGAGAAAAAUCACCAAAUCAGUUUCAGCGACGUUUUCUGGCCAUCGUAAAGAACGUCAUCCCAUCAGAGGGUCGCGAGACGGCAGUUUUAAUUUUAUUAUAGCCGCGUUCGACAGAGGUGGCUCGCAGUCGAUUGCAUUUCGUUAUGCUGGCCGCGUACGUGCGGACUGCAUUCAAUGA